CCUGCAGAUACAUUUUCUAAUUUCAAAAAAAGUACUUUCUCUAACUAACUUCUGGAAGGGGAAAACAAAAAAUGAGUUCGUCCGUAGAAGUUGAAGCAGGCAUGAAGAUCAACGACUCAUCGUUGGGUGCUGAAGAAGCCAUGAAGAAGAUCGUUGAAGGAGAGAAGAAAGGGAAUGACGACUCGUCCUUCGGUGCUGAAGCAAAACAAGGCGACGAUUUCAAAGAUGAAGAAGACGCCAUGAAAAUGGAAGUUGACGGAGCCUUGAGUGCUGAAGCAAAGGAAGAGAUCAAAGAUGACGAAGCCAUGAAGAAGAUCGUUGAAGGACAGAAGAAAGGGAAUGACGACUCGUCGUUGGGUGCUGAAGCAGAACAACGCGUUGAUCUCAUAGAUUACGAAACCAUUAAGAAAAUCGUUGAAGGACAGGAAGGGGAUGACGACUCAUCGUUGGGUGCUGAAGCUGAAAAAGGGCACGGUUUCAUAGAUGAAGAACCAGCCAUGAAAAUGACAGUUGGCGGAGACUUGAGUGCUGAAGCAGAGGAAGAGCUGAAAGGCAAUGAAGAACAAGAAGAAAACGUUGAUAAAGAGGCUGUCCACUAUUUCGUUUUCCAACCAUCCAAUGAACUUUUCGUUGUCCACUAUUGCAUCAAACAUGCACUAGCUAACCAAUAA